AUGGCCCAGGAUGCGCGCGACACCUACUCUUUACCGCCACCAGACUCAGGCUCCGUUCCGGACGAACAACUGUCGGAACAACCUUCCACUGCGGAAUGGAUGUCGGCUCAGUCCAACCGUUCCGUUGGCGCAGUAAACAGUGAUCAUGACUUUGGUCAUCAUGAGGAUGUCGUAGACCAGUCAGCCGGGACUUCGCGCUCACCAGAGACUACAGUGGUUGGAGAUACUGAUAAUAGUCCAAUAAUGGGGAGGAAACCUCGAACAUUGCCAGCCUGGAUCCGGUCGGUAGAGUAUCCAGAAGAAGACAACGACGUUCCUGCUACGGCCAGGCUUCUCCCCUCCCAACCCGACGACGCCGUCGUCGCGCAACAUAAUCACUCUCCGUAUGCGACAAGACCAAAUCGCACGAACCGAGUCGACGAGGAGGAUGAAGAACGAGGAGGCCCAUCCCGUCGCGAGUCUCGCUGGAAGAACUUCUCGAAGGUGAUCGCCUAUCCUCGUGAGCCGGGUAUUGAGGAGAAAUCCGUUACGCCGGAAUGGUUGAAUGAGAACCUGGGCGAUUUUUCGGGGCCAUGGCGGGGACAGCUCGCCCCGGAUGAGGAUACCGAGGAUCCGUUGAGGAUGAAGCGACGUCGACAGAUUUGGUUUAAGCGCUUCCAUAAUACUCUUCUCAGGAGUCCUAUGGUCCCGCUGAUCUUCAGACUUACUGUCUGGUGCUUCUCGCUCACUGCGCUGGCCCUCGGAGGCUCUAUCCAGCAUCUCUCGGGACAAUAUAAACAUCCACAGGGCCCUUCCGCGCUAAUGGCCAUCAUCGUCGACGCGGUGGCUCUCGUAUACCUAAUCUAUAUCACUUUCGACGAAUAUACCUCAAAGCCACUCGGCCUCCGGUCUGCAUCCGCCAAAGCACGGCUGAUUCUGUUAGACAUAUUUUUCAUUGUCUUUGACUCAGCCAAUUUAAGUUUAGCAUUCGAAUCUCUGUCCACCGUACAGGGCGCGUGCACAUUGAACGAAGUCAAUCAAGAAGUAACGCCCAAGAACGACGCGAUUUGCGACCGACAAAUAGCUCUUGCUUGUGUUCUACUGAUUGCGCUUCUUGCUUGGCUUACAACGUUUGUGAUCAGUGUACUCAGACUCGUCGAACGUGUGGCUUCUUAG